AUGUCAAGUCACAGUGCUUCAUGCUCAAGUGACAUUUCAGUCGACCUAGCCGAUGCCUUUCGAAAGGAAAUCGGAAGGUUUGAAAGUCUAAAUUCCGUAAUUGUCAAUCUAAAUUUCGUUAGUAGUAGUAGUAGUAGUAGUAGUAGUAGUAGUAGUAGUAGUAGUAGUAGUAGUAGUAGUAGUAGUAGUAGUAGUAGUAGUAGUAGUAGUAGUAGUAGUAGUAGUAGUAGUAGUAGUAGUAGUAGUAGUAGUAGUAGUAGUAGUAGUAGUAGUAGUAGUAGUAGUAGUAGUAGUAGUAGUAGUAGUAGUAGUAGUAGUAGUAGUAGUAGUAGUAGUAGUAGUAGUAGUAGUAGUAGUAGUAGUAGUAGUAGUAGUAGUAGUAGUAGUAGUAGUAGUAGUAGUAGUAGUAGUAGUAGUAGUAGUAGUAGUAGUAGUAGUAGUAGUAGUAGUAGUAGUAGUAGUAGUAGUAGUAGUAGUAGUAGUAGUAGUAGUAGUAGUAGUAGUAGUAGUAGUAGUAGUAGUAGUAGUAGUAGUAGUAGUAGUAGUAGUAGUAGUAGUAGUAGUAGUAGUAGUAGUAGUAGUAGUAGUAGUAGUAGUAGUAGUAGUAGUAGUAGUAGUAGUAGUAGUAGUAGUAGUAGUAGUAGUAGUAGUAGUAGUAGUAGUAGUAGUAGUAGUAGUAGUAGUAGUAGUAGUAGUAGUAGUAGUAGUAGUAGUAGUAGUAGUAGUAGUAGUAGUAGUAGUAGUAGUAGUAGUAGUAGUAGUAGUAGUAGUAGUAGUAGUAGUAGUAGUAGUAGUAGUAGUAGUAGUAGUAGUAGUAGUAGUAGUAGUAGUAGUAGUAGUAGUAGUAGUAGUAGUAGUAGUAGUAGUAGUAGUAGUAGUAGUAGUAGUAGUAGUAGUAGUAGUAGUAGUAGUAGUAGUAGUAGUAGUAGUAGUAGUAGUAGUAGUAGUAGUAGUAGUAGUAGUAGUAGUAGUAGUAGUAGUAGUAGUAGUAGUAGUAGUAGUAGUAGUAGUAGUAGUAGUAGUAGUAGUAGUAGUAGUAGUAGUAGUAGUAGUAGUAGUAGUAGUAGUAGUAGUAGUAGUAGUAGUAGUAGUAGUAGUAGUAGUAGUAGUAGUAGUAGUAGUAGUAGUAGUAGUAGUAGUAGUAGUAGUAGUAGUAGUAGUAGUAGUAGUAGUAGUAGUAGUAGUAGUAGUAGUAGUAGUAGUAGUAGUAGUAGUAGUAGUAGUAGUAGUAGUAGUAGUAGUAGUAGUAGUAGUAGUAGUAGUAGUAGUAGUAGUAGUAGUAGUAGUAGUAGUAGUAGUAGUAGUAGUAGUAGUAGUAGUAGUAGUAGUAGUAGUAGUAGUAGUAGUAGUAGUAGUAGUAGUAGUAGUAGUAGUAGUAGUAGUAGUAGUAGUAGUAGUAGUAGUAGUAGUAGUAGUAGUAGUAGUAGUAGUAGUAGUAGUAGUAGUAGUAGUAGUAGUAGUAGUAGUAGUAGUAGUAGUAGUAGUAGUAGUAGUAGUAGUAGUAGUAGUAGUAGUAGUAGUAGUAGUAGUAGUAGUAGUAGUAGUAGUAGUAGUAGUAGUAGUAGUAGUAGUAGUAGUAGUAGUAGUAGUAGUAGUAGUAGUAGUAGUAGUAGUAGUAGUAGUAGUAGUAGUAGUAGUAGUAGUAGUAGUAGUAGUAGUAGUAGUAGUAGUAGUAGUAGUAGUAGUAGUAGUAGUAGUAGUAGUAGUAGUAGUAGUAGUAGUAGUAGUAGUAGUAGUAGUAGUAGUAGUAGUAGUAGUAGUAGUAGUAGUAGUAGUAGUAGUAGUAGUAGUAGUAGUAGUAGUAGUAGUAGUAGUAGUAGUAGUAGUAGUAGUAGUAGUAGUAGUAGUAGUAGUAGUAGUAGUAGUAGUAGUAGUAGUAGUAGUAGUAGUAGUAGUAGUAGUAGUAGUAGUAUUAGUAGUAUUAGUGGACGUGGUAGUAGUAGUAGUAUUAGUAGUAAUAUUAGUAGUAGUAGUAGUAGUAGUAGUAGUAGUAGUAGUAGUAGUAGUAGUAGUAGUAGUAGUAGUAGUAGUAGUAGUAGUAGUAGUAGUAGUAGUAGUAGUAGUAGUAGUAGUAGUAGUAGUAGUAGUAGUAGUAGUAGUAGUAGUAGUAGUAGUAGUAGUAGUAGUAGUAGUAGUAGUAGUAGUAGUAGUAGUAGUAGUAGUAGUAGUAGUAGUAGUAGUAGUAGUAGUAGUAGUAGUAGUAGUAGUAGUAGUAGUAGUAGUAGUAGUAGUAGUAGUAGUAGUAGUAGUAGUAGUAGUAGUAGUAGUAGUAGUAGUAGUAGUAGUAGUAGUAGUAGUAGUAGUAGUAGUAGUAGUAGUAGUAGUAGUAGUAGUAGUAGUAGUAGUAGUAGUAGUAGUAGUAGUAGUAGUAGUAGUAGUAGUAGUAGUAGUAGUAGUAGUAGUAGUAGUAGUAGUAGUAGUAGUAGUAGUAGUAGUAGUAGUAGUAGUAGUAGUAGUAGUAGUAGUAGUAGUAAUAAUGCAAAAUUACAAAUUGAUUUCUUAAAAAAAAUAAUGUUCAAACAUCCUCAAGGUCGAAUAUUUGACCAAUAGCCAGUCUGAAAAACCGAUCAUACAAAGGAGAAAAAUGAAAUUUGUUUUUCUUUGGAACAAGUAGGCUAUGGAUAAAAGUAUUCUGCAUUUAUGUCUGUUUUUAUGUCCAUAUAUGUAUGUUCAACUAGCUACUAGCUUAUGAAAUGGAGUGAAGUUUUAAUUCAUUUUUGUAUUGGUUGUUUGAAUAUUCCCAUUGAUGUUUAGAACUGUAAUUGAUCAAUCUCUUAUUGGCAGACGUGCAUCCUGUGUGGAUUGCUUCAAUAUUACCUAAAGCCACAAGUAUUAAAAGCAGAGAUGGAUGGUGACUAGCAUCGGGUAUCUGAACUCAGUACCCAAGUGGAUAACGCGAUGGUGUUUGAAUCGAAUGGUACUGGGUUCAAUUCCUGAAGUGAACAUCAACUCUGGGAUGCAGGUACAUCCAGCUGACGAGUCCCAAAUAAGACGAAACUCACGUCCUGGUUGCCCUUCUGGCCACCAUCAUCUAUGCUUAUAAUGCUUGUGACUUAAAGUAAUAUUGAUGCAAUUCACACAAGAUGCACGUAUGCCAAUAAGAGACUGAUCAAUUACAGUUCUAAACAUCAAUGGGAAUAUUCAAACAACCAAUACAAAAAUGAAAUAUAACACUGUUUAAUUCAUUUAUUUGCUAACUUUACCUUGCCAAGUGUAAUUCAAGAAUUAUUGUUUUAUAGGUAUAGAGUUUGAUGAUAAAGUGGUUGAAAACAAUUGUCCGCUUGGAUACUCCUUGUUUCUGAAUUACUCUGUGAGGGGUGAGAUGUUUAAACAAUUCCUGGAGGCCCAAAUGUCAUUUUAGUUUGAAUUAACAAAUAUCCAAAACAAUCUAACUACUGUAAUUAAAUUAAACGUACUAAUAGAGAAAUAUGUUAUGCUAACUUAAUUUAAAGAUAUGUUCAUCAAAAUGAGUAUCUAUGUAGUUCAGGCAUGAAUAGAUGAACAUUUAAAUUUUCCAAAUAGAAGAUACAACUAUCCGAGUAAAAUAAAUGAGAUUGGUAUUCUAGUAUUUAGAAAAUAAAUUAUGAUUAAGCGAUGGGAAUUACGGAAACGGUUAAGACUAUGUAAAUGUUUGCAUAUUCUUAAAACGAGAAAUUUUUUUCUUCAAUGACUUACUGGGUUUCUUUCACUGUUUAGAUCAAUUGUAGCAAUUUUUUCUAGACUGUCCAGGUUAAUUUUAUGUAGCAGAUAUGUUUUUAAAUAGCCACAAAUUAAUUAAAUCUGAAAAUUUGAACCCUAGGAUUUCCGCUUAGUAAAUUAAAAUAAAUUAUAUGCAUAACGAGGCCUACGAGUUAUGGGUUCAAUUUCAUAUCGAGUCACAAGUAUAUAUUAAAGUAGCAUUAAAUUAGGAUGAACAUAGGUAUUCAGAAAUUUCUUAUUUCCAUGCUGGUGGGAGGAAAUUACAAUCCAAACAGUAGGAAAAUCAUUCCUUUUAUUUAAAGAAGAAUGUCUCUACUGCUUAAAAACGUGUCGUUGAUUUCAUUCUGUGUAUCAGUGUUAGGAAAAAUUCCAGACUCGUCAAUUCACCUAGUACUUUUUAUAAAUCUAACUGUGUAGUUGUAGAAAUCCCAUGUAAAAUAUUUAAUGGUUUUUAUAAUUGGUUUUGUUGUAUUUUUUCUAGGGCCUAACUAAACAAGUCAUUCUAUUCAGUAUUAAUAACUGAAUCAAUGUUUUCGCUAUAACGUUUUUGCUAACUUUACCAUGUGAUACACAUACUCUCAAUAAUUGCACCGUUCUACGGAGAACUAAAUGUUAACGAGAACGAUAGUAUAUUAUUACAAGGUAUAGAGAACAGAACCAUAUGCACUACAAUACGUACAAAUAUAAGGGGUUUAAACUGAUCUUCAAAAAUCACCAUUCAGAACUUUUCAGAUUUUUGAUUAACGAUGAUAACAUAUGCCCUAUUAAGCAUCGGUAAACACCAAUAUCUGGCAUACAACAUCGUUCUCCAAAAAUCCUUGAUAAACACUAUACGAUCACCAAAAAUGUUAAAUACGCAGGUUUAUUUGGUAAAAUAUAAUUACAAUAAGACUCUGAGAUGCCUACUAAUAAUCGUAACUUUAAACUGUAGUUUCAUUCAUCAGAACCAUGAAGAAAUAAUCAUUAGUGGCAUGUGAAUCACACCUCAAAAGUGAUCCCACUAUUCUUGUGGAGAAUGAAUUCAGCUACGGGAUUAUGAGCACUAUUACUGGUCGAUGCAGUGUGAGAUAGUUGGUCUGGACAAUAACGAUACAUUGGCCAACAGGUCUUCAAUUAGAUUGCUUUACUGUUUUAACGUUAUAUUGAUAUCAACUGGUCGUUGCGAGAAAAGAAGACAUAACGACACAAAAAUAAAUAAUAGUGCGUCUUUUAGGGGCCCUUGUGUCAAUAAUGUAAUAAAAUUAGAAUCAGCCUUAUCAUCUAAUGGAAUAGCUCUCAAUAAUCCUAUAAAAGUAGAGUACCAGGAGGUAUAAAGUUCAGGAAUUUGUGUUUAAUUCAGUGUAAACAGCUACUUAUGCUAGUCUAAUUAACUGAAAGAUCUGUUUAGUAACAUGAAAGUUCACCAAAUAAUUUCACAUAACCUUGAAUGGAGUUCGACACGGACUCAAUACUAUUCAAUAAUAUUUUUACUAAACAUUCUUGAGAUAUCUCACAGGUUGAAAUCAUGAGUCAGUUGAAGCUAGACCACCAUUGAAAACCUGGAAGCACUGGACGGCCGUUUCGUCCUGGUAUGGGACUCCUCAGCAGUGCGCAUCCACGAUCCCGCACCACGCGGGGCUCGAGCCCAGGACCUACUGGCUUCGCGCGCGAGCACUUAACCACUAGACCACUGAGCCGGCAUCCAACGGUGUUAAUGUCUAACUUCAACCAAUCCACGAAGUUGCGCCACCGUACACCAUUGUCUUCAGUGAGUUGUUAUCUCACAACAGACCGGUUGAACUCCACUGGUAACGGCUUCUCACUAGAACUUCAGGAGUUUUUCCUGAAGUCAGUCACUAGUGAGCAGUUUAUUAUUAUCAGAAUGGGUUUUGUGGAGAAUUUUAGAAAUUUCACAGGUUGAGAUAAUUUUACAUUUUUUCUCAUUCUUUGCUGGUACAAAUGUGUUAGUAAUUAUUAUAAAACUAUAUAACUUACAAUUUAAUCAUGUGUUUUCUGGUGACCAGUCACCAAACAGAUCUCAUGAAUUUUUUAUUCUAAAGUAACAACAACGUAGUUAAUUCAAUUGGAAGUAAAGCAAUAAAUUUCUAUCGGUAUUAAAUGACAAAAUAACUGAACAAAGUUGAAAAUGUGAGAUAUUGGAUUACAAUUUUGUUAACUGAUUAGCAUUGCGUUCACUUGUUAUGAUUCGAUUUAAACAAAGCAACAGUACAGUUGCACAGAACGCCUUGGCCUUUUCCCCUCUUGGUUAUCUGUUGUUAACUUCCAUCUUCUCGUUUUUCUUUUUUGAAUCUUAUGUAAACUGUCUACAGAGGUUCAUUCUUUACAUUGACACUUCGUGAAGCCCAACAUCUGGAAUGUUGAAGUGUUUCUUUAAUCCCUCUCCAAAUAUUCUCCAUAGUGGUUUCCUCUUAUAGUCGAUCUUGUAAGACUUUAAAGUUGUUGUUGAGAGAUAUUUUUUGUAGAAGGAAGGUUGUAUCAAACUUUAGUAGUCCGGUUUGUCUAACUAUCCAACGAUUCUAUACAUUGGCUACCACCAUGUGAUGACUUGAAGUUGUAUCAGAUCCUCUCUUUGUUCUUACGUCUUCAAUAAACCUGAAUCUUUUACUUAUACAUAUUUGUUCGACUGGUUUUCUUCGGUGUGGCCUAGUCGGACCCUUGAGCUUCGUGAAUGAAUUUGAGAGGAAACGUCUGUUACCCAUAACCAUAUUUGUAUGUAUCAUUACCAAGGUUUGACUUGAUAAUUUCAAAUAAACUGAGCAUUGGGUAGAUUGUUAUUAACAAAAUCUUAGGUUAAUUCAGUUUAUUUAUCUAGUCUUUGAAGAAUUGGUUUACACUGAGUCACGAAACGUCAGAAAUUUUAAAAAUUUAAUAUUUAUACUCCUCUUGAUAUUACAAAUAUGUUAAUUUUACUAUAAACGCAUUGUUAAAAGCGUAAGUACUUUCCAGUCACCCACCUAUCUCGUUCCCUUCGCACAAUCCUUAUCAUCUCAUGAUGUGUUCGUACUAGAUAUUGUCUAUCCUGACCUUGUUUUUCAGAUAUUCCGCUAAGAUGACUAGGUGUUUCCUGGACAUUUCUUCAGGAUUGACUUCAGUUCCUCAUAAAUCUGGUCUUUAUCGUCCUUUACUGAAAUCAGUGAUGGGUGAGUAUCAUUGGGUGACAUUCAUUGAACCGUUUUCCCUUUUUUGUUUUGAAGGAUGCUUUGAUGAUCUUGGAGUUAUGUGAUUUCUAUCUUAUAAGCGGCUUAUGUGUUUCUUUGGACAGGAUAAGUGCAAAUCCCUGUGUGUAUGGGAGACUCUGUCCUUCAUGACCAGAAGACAACAACUUUCUUGAAACCACUCUUUCCUGUCCAGCUGUAUCCAGUGAGUUACACUUACACCGAUCUUGGUCAAGUCACAUUCCAUUUUUCAGGCUGUUUGAAUGAUCUUCAUGAUUGUCAAGUGUGAGCGAUGAACGAAUCCACAAAUAAUACUACUAAACUCCGACUACUUUGAUUUAAUCUGACCUUGAACUCACUAUACGUUGCUAUAUAGUAAUCGGAAGCAUUUUUACCAUCAAUAUUACUAGUAUACGACAAGUGCCGAGUAACAAAAAAUCUGAGCCCACGGUUUUCUGUCGACCAAUUCCAACCACCACUCAACAUCUCCAUCUAGUGCACGCGAAGCUGAGUCACUUGGACUAGUGGAUACAUAGCAAAUUCGACCAGCUUGAAGAAGGACUUUACAAACACGACACUUGUCACGACUAAUUAAUAAACGAAUUAUCAAAAACUACGGUUUGUUUAUCUACCAACCACAAACUUGUGUAUUUUUUACAAACAAGACUACGUUUUAAUAAAAACUUUCAUCUAAAUUUGAACGAAAAUUUUCACAGUAGUUGGGUGCUGGGUCAAUGUAACACACUAAGAGGGAAAUAUAUAUUUGUAAAGUCUCAGUGAUUGAAUUUUAAGUAAAUCCAAUAUUUCUCCUGGCAAUCCGAUUCAAGCUUUUUCUAAAAAAUAUGUAGUGUCGGUUAUUAUGUUAAGCCCAUAUACCUUAUUCUAGCUUUCGGACAGCCCAAUCUAUUCAUUCUACUUGAGUCACAUUCUGACCUUGUUAUUUACUCGCUUAUCAAUCUUGACUGUUUUUAUAUGAGCGCGUACGUGUGUGUACAUUUCUUAUCCCGUUACUCAUCACAUGUCUGUAACUUAGUUUAAUGUAACUAUAAAUAUUGAUUAACGCUCGGUUAAAUGGGAGAUGGCUUAUCCGCCAUCUCCACUGCGCGUCGUUUCGCUUCGUUCUAUUCCAUUCGCUUUAUAUACAGAAUAUAUGUAUUCACAAGUCCAUUCUCGUUAUUUGACUUAUUUGAUUCCGUGAAAUUGUGGAAUAUAAGUAAGUACAUGGUAAAUACAUGUGUACAAUCUGUUUUCUUAAUACCCAUUUUCUUUAUACACCAGAUUUCUCAUACGCACUACGGCCAACUCUUAAUUGCAACAUUUUUCUACGUGAUUGGAUGACCUGUUUAGUAUACAUUUAACUGGAGGGCUAUGUACCUAUUUAUAUUCGAUAAUUUUGAUGUUUGGUUAUAUUUCUUUGAAAAAGCUUGUACUAGAUAUUCAGGCGAAAUGUUGAAUUUACCUCGAAUCCAUUCGCUGAGAUUUUACAAAUAUAUUCUUAAUUCUUAAUAAGACUAUGAUUUCAUUCAUUCCUUUGUUGUGUCCUCUAGUUACUGUUAAGCAUGCACCACUUUUGUCACCUCAUUUUUCUCUUUGACGGGUUCCUUUGAUUUCUAUUUUUCCAGCAAUUGUAUUAAUUCAUGUUUUAGAGACAGAUUAAAGUUUUAUGAGACAAAUGGCUUACUUGAUUUGACUUUAACCACACAAAGACUGUGUGCUACAGUUAAGAGACCUAUUUAAGAAUAUCAUCUGUGGACAAGUUAUAUUCUACAAUGAUCUACAUUGCUUGAAUGUUGCAUAUCCCUAUGUUUAUUGUCCCCACGGUAGUCAGAACAAGUUAUUCUCAUGGUUUCCAGUCUCUGGGGUUUCAUCACGAGAGUUAUAACUCUUAUUCAUGAGGAUCCUCCAACGGCAGGGCUUAGUUGGGUUUUCUAGUUAGUGAUUCUGUAGUGGAGUUACUUUUUAUAAUACAGGGCUGUUAACGCUACUCCCAACCCUCCUCUACCCAGGUAUAGGUACCAGCAAUUACUCCAGAUAGGCUCCAGGAGGUUUAUUCAUUAAUUUGCAUUUCAACAAAGUUUUUUUAUUAAUUGGUUCACUUUCUACCAAAGGGAGCUAGUGGAUAAGCUGAAAAGACUAGAAAAUUCGUGUUUGAGUUUUAUAUAUGGACUAACGUUCUUUACUGAUUAACUUAUAUUACUGUUUGCCUUGGAAUAUAUUUACGUUUCUCUCCAAUCUGUAUUUUAGUGAAGUGACUGGAUAAAAAGAAGACCAUUUAAGUCAAUAAUUUUUGUAUCAGUACAUUAUAAAUUUUGGCUGGGGAGAUAGGUAUAAAUUUCAUUUAGUGUUACAAUUGUAUUACUUGAAACGAUUCAUGUGACCUAUAUUUACUGUACGUGUUUUUACAGUAAAUAUUUAUACAUCCCCCCUAUGUGAUAUUGUGUAAAAUUUAGUAUGAAAAUAAUUGUAUUUGAUUUUUGGACAGUUUGAUUUUGGGAAGUGUUUUCGGGGAGUCAAUAAAUCUUUAUUGUACCAGUCUUUCAUGUUCUCCCUUUGUGUCGUGGGGAUUGAAGGGGUUCUCGUUUCCCAGUACAAGCAGUUGUUUCAGAUUGUCAAGUGACAGCAAUAAAACUGCGGACUCUCCCAGAUAUGAAAGUCAGCGAUCAUGAUUUAACAAUCGGUCUCACACCAACUGAGUGAAUUGAAAUGUCCAAGAAUACGUUCCCCUAGAAGACUUAAUAGUAUCAUCCUAUAGAAUUUUGGAUAUAAGCUUUUAAGACAUUUAACGUUUCGUUAUUAAUAUAUUGUUGUACUGAAAGAAAAACAUUUUUUUAUUCACCAACUAAUAACUAAUGAGCACAAAAAUAUUUUCGUCUGGAAUUUAACAAUGUUGAAAUGAUGGAGAGGCUUUUUUACUCCGAUGAAUACUUUUGUUGGUGUUGCGGUUUCUGAGUAUUCAAAUGAAGGCAAACAUUUCCAAUUUAGUCUACAACUACAGUGAAUGACUAGCAAGUAAACCAGCAAACUUCAAAUUAUAAAAAAAUCCUUGAAGUCAUACGAGAAAGAUAUAAUUCAAAAAUGAUCUGUCGAAGAGAUUGAAUUAUAGUGUGACCUCACCAUUGGUUGGAACACAUGGGAUAAGGUCGAACAACACUGUUUGUAGCAUCUGAGUUUAAGAAUCGAUGGAGUUUAGUAAAAUAUAGUUUUUCAAAACACAACAGUUGCAAAAUAAGACAAAAAUGGGACCUCAGUAGUAAUCGAGUCCUAUUAUCGACCAUCAGUCUAUUAUCUAUCUGUGAUGAAAAUUUAAUAUUUCUGAAACGUCAAUUUAUCCAAGACUUCGUUAUCGACAAACAGCUGGACACUAUAUACUUUAACGGUGUAUUACAUUUGAUGUCAACCAGUUCACUAUACUUUUCCAAUACGUUCGUUAAAUGAAAUAACAUCAAAUUUUAUACUAGUGUACAAUAACUUAAAACUGAAUUUUAAAACACUAUCUAUUUAAGCUUAAAUUGACAAAAUCAUCUGAUUUAUGAAGCCGAAUAAUUUAAUAUCCUCUCUGAAGGAUCUUAAAAGGCCAUUGAUAAAAACUGCUUUCAUGAGGUAUGCUAAUAACGAUAAAAUCUGGUCUUUAUUGACACAUACACAUACAGACAAACAGUAACGUGAAGUUGGUAUUCGCCAUACAAAUAGUUUCUGGUAAAUUAAAUCAUUUUUAGACAUCUAUGGGAAGUGUUUGUCAUUAAAAGAAAGUAAAUAUGAAGUAAAAUCAGGAGAACAAAAAUGAUUAAUAGUGUCAUAAAUUAUGUUUCAAUGUUGUGUUCGACCUAAGAAAAUUUUUACUUGGUGUUUACGUAAUGAACUUGUUAAUUUGCGUAAUUACAAAUGAAUUUUCGAAAUCGACAAAAGCUUGAGGGACUACACAUCAAUUAAUUAAAUAUUGAUUCAUACAGCUCAGUAACGAAAGUAAACGUUUAUGUCCCUUGCUUUCAACCAGACAUUUUUGUAUAUGAGGGGUAGUGAUGCUAAAUGACAGCACAAACGGACAAGAAUUCAAUCAUGUGGAGGAUGAAUACUUUGAGUAUUAAACCAAUGGUUCUAUGAUUAACCAGGUAAAGAAGAGACUGACAUAUAUUCAUUCACACUUUGUUAUAGUAAUGUAAUUCAUGAAUAUUUCCAC